AGCCAACAGCUGCAACUUUGGAUGAACUUCUUGUGGUCGAAACGAUCCGAAACGCGGUCGGCAGAGCGCAUGGGCGCCGACGAAACCCGAAGGUCCGGGACCCGCGUGAGGGUUUUUGUCUAUUCCGCCGCGUGACGAGAUUAGCUUUCUGCUAGGGGCUCUAGACGAAUAUUAAGUUGCUGGGUUUCACUUUGGAUUAAGAACCAAGAUCUCUUUUGGCAUGAUUCCAGUGGAGAUGGUUAUUUUGAGGAUUUAAGCUCCUAAGGGUCACAUCAAAGCAAUUUCUUCCAUCAAGCUUAAUCCAAUUAAAGACCCAGAUGUAAACCUCGUUUCUCACCGAGUGGACAUUAUGUUAACCUACGUCUAAACCAAUUUGCACCCAAUCCCCACCUUUCCCUGUUAUUUCCCCUCCCUACAUUCUUUCCUGUCUUCGUCAUGACCAGUUUGAAGCGCUCUCAGACAGAACGCUCAGUCGGUGGCUCAGUGCCAGCUACUGAUGAGUUCUACACUCGGCGCCUUCGACUGCCCAAUGGAGGAGCUCCGCCGCCCCGCAGCGAGAGCGCUCAUAUCUCCUCCUCCUCAACUACCGGCACCAACCCGGGAGUCCCCAAGAUGGGGGUUCGAGCUCGUGUUGCUGACUGGCCCCCCAGGAAAGAUGGAGGAGGUGGUGUUUGGCAUAUCACAGUUGAAACAGACUCCCCUAGCUCUACCAACACUACCAGCUCCUCGGGAUCAGGGAGUGGUGACAGAGAAAGAAUUCUGGGUAGCGGAGGAAGCGGAGGAGGAAUGGGCAGUAGUGGGGGCAGCAGUGGUGGUGGAGGUAGUGUGUCCGCUGUCACAGCCCAUAGCAAUCUAUCCGCUAAGCUGGGCCACCUGAUAAGCCCACAAGACUCCUCCAUGCUGCGCAACAUCCACAACACACUUAAGAACAAGAUGCAGAGCAAGGGGAAGGACAACCGCUUCCUGUCACCAGACGGGUACCUGGGUUCUCCUCGUAAAGGCAUGAGACGCAUCCGCCAGCGCAGUAACAGCGACAUAACCAUCAGUGAACUGGAUGGGGAAGGGAAUGAGGGCUGGUCCUUCUCUGGAUGGACGCCAAUGCAUCGUGAAUAUGGUAGUACAUCAUCUAUAGACAAACACGGGGUGUCGGGAGAGAGCUUUUUUGACAUGCUGAAGGGUUAUCAGUCCCAUGAAGCGCCUGAUCAGCGAAGUCCAGCUCCAGAGAGACUAACAGAACUUCUCACAGUGGCUCCAAUAAAACAGGCUGCCCUGGACCUACCAGAUGGACCCUUAGGUCCAGCCCGAGGAAGUCCUGCCAGUCGGCUAAAGGAACGGGAGAAGCACUUAAAGAGAAGGUCAAAGUCAGAAACGGGUGGAGAGUCUAUUUUCCGAAAGCUGCGGAGUGCCAAAGUGGAUGGUGACACUUCGAGAACUGGCUCUGAUGCUGAAGACGGUGGAAAAGGAGAUGACAGUGGACCCCCGCCUAAACCUUGGGUGUGUCAGAAAGGCUUUGCUCAUUUUGAUGUUCAGUCGCUACUUUUCGACCUCAAUGAGGCAGUCCAUAGUCGGCAGUCAGGCGGCAAACGCAAAAACACAACCACAGGCGCCUCAGCUGCCGCCGCCGCAUCGGCUUCAGCUACAUCCUCUCUGUCCUCCAAUCAGAGUGGAGGAUAUGGCUCGCCUUGUGGCUCACAAGAAGAGUUGAGCAAAGACAGUUUGGGGGGUGGCAACAGUACCAACCCUGCCCUGGAUCCAGGUGAUGACAAGAGCAAUGACUUGGUUCUUAGCUGCCCUUGUUUCAGGAAUGAGAUUGGAGGAGAGGGUGAACGGAACAUCUCUGCUUCCAAACAGCAGGGGAGCAUAGGUAGUGGUGGAAGCUCUAACAGUUCCUCUGGGAGCACAGAGGAGGGGCCUUUGGAGACCACUCUGUCCACUCACUUUACCAAUGCUGGGGUGGCUGUGUUAGAGGCUCCCAAGGAUGGACCAGGUCAACAUGCCGACAGGUCCAAAAGAUAUCUAAUUGAACACGUUGAUCUCGGCGCCUAUUACUACAGAAAGUACUUCUAUCUACGAGAGCACUGGAACUAUUUGGGGGUGGAUGAGACCCUGGGCCCUGUGGCAGUGAGCCUGAGAAGAGAAAAGCUGGAGGAUCACAAAGACCAUGGACAGCAGUACAAUUACAGGGUCAUCUUCAGGACAAGUGAGCUCAACACCCUGCGGGGUUCCAUCCUAGAAGAUGCGGUUCCUUCCACAUCCAAGCACGGACUUGGCCGAGGCCUUCCCCUCAAAGAAGUGCUGGAGUACCUCAUCCCUGAACUCAAUGUUCACUGCCUGCGCCUGGCGCUGAACACACCUAAAGUCACAGACCAGCUGAUGAAGCUGGAUGAGCAAGGGUUGAGCUUCCAGCGGAAAGUGGGGGUGAUGUACUGCAUGGCAGGCCAGAGCAGCGAGGAGGAGAUGUACAACAACGAAGCAGCUGGUCCUGCACUGGAGGAGUUCCUGCACCUGCUGGGGGACAGGGUCCGACUCAAAGGCUUCUCCAAAUAUCGGGCUCAGCUCGACACUAAAACUGAUUCAACAGGAACCCACUCCCUGUAUACGACCUACAAGGAUUAUGAGAUCAUGUUCCACGUGUCCACCAUGCUGCCCUACACCCCCAACAACAAGCAGCAGUUACUCCGGAAGCGCCAUAUUGGAAAUGAUAUCGUCACAAUUGUGUUCCAGGAGCCCGGUGCUCUUCCUUUCACACCCAAAAAUAUUCGCUCCCACUUCCAGCACGUCUUUGUGAUCGUGCGAGCGCACAACCCGUGUACUGACAACUGCUCCUACAGUGUGGCGGUGACCCGUUCCAAAGAUAUGCCCUCGUUUGGCCCCCCGAUCCCCGAGGACGUCACCUUCCCCAAGUCGUCUGUGUUUCGGGAAUUCCUGCUGACCAAACUUAUCAACGCUGAGAACGCUGCCCACAAAUCGCACAAGUUCCGAGCCAUGGCCACCCGAACACGGCAGGAGUACCUGCGGGAUUUGGCCGAGCGCCACACGACGAGCACGCCCAUCGAUCCCUCGGGAAAGUUUCCUUUUAUUUCUUUAGCCCAUAAGAAGAAGGAAAAGAUUCGGCCGUACGAAGGGGCAGAGCUGCGCAGUCUGGGUGCCGUCACUUGGUUGGUUCAUGCUGAGGAUCAAGGGAACGGAGGGGAACUGGAAGCCCUGCUGGCCAUAUCCAACGACUUUCUCAUCCUGUUGGACCAGGACGCCAAAGCUGUGGUGUUCAACUGUGCUACUAAGGACGUGAUUGGCUGGACACUUAGCAGCCCUGCGUCUUUGAAGAUCUUUUACGAGCGGGGCGAAAACGUGUCUCUGAGGAGUGUCAACAAUAACACAGAGGAUUUGAAAGAUGUGGUCAAACGUCUGGAGGUCUUCACAAAGGGCUGCGAGACUUCAGAGAUGACGCUUCGACGGAACGGCCUGGGUCAGCUCGGCUUCCACGUGAAUUACGAAGGCAUUGUGGCUGAGGUUGAACCGUAUGGCUACGCUUGGCAGGCCGGACUGCGCCAGGGCAGCCGCUUGGUUGAAAUCUGCAAAGUCGCCGUGGCGUCCUUAACCCACGAGCAGAUGAUUGACAUGCUGAGGAACUCCAUGACCGUGCGCGUCGUCAUCAUCCCGCCACAUGAUGAUGCCACUCCUCGCAGGGGUUGCUCAGAGCUUUAUCGAGCGCCUGUGUCUGAAUACAAGGGCAGCAGCAGUGACAGCGGCUCCUUCGAGUAUAAAUUCCCCUUCCGCAGUAACAACAACAAAUGGCAGAGAACAUCGAGCAGCCCCCAGCAGUCGCUAACCGCCUCGCCACAGCCCCACACACCCAACCGCGCCAUCAGCUUGGGCAGCUCGGUGGGAAAAACCCUGUCAGCUGAGAGGCUGGAGAGGGGAGCCGCCAUCCCACGCAGUGUCAGCAGUGACGGUCGCCCCCUGGACUCCAAGAGGAUGUCUCCAGGCAGUGAGAGCUACAGCCUGGCGUCCUCCCUGGCUUUAGGGCGCUCCCCCCACAACCGCAGCUCUCCCAGCAACCUUUCCUGUUCCAGUGAAGCGUCCGGAAGCUCUGCUCACUGGAGACAGAAGUCCAUGCCAGAGCAGUUUGCAGGCAGCCGCCAUUCUCCACUGUCUUCAGACCGGCGGGAAGGAGCCGGAGAGAGUGGGUCCGGUGGGAAGUCCUCCUCCAGCAGGGCCAGAAUGGAAGAAGGUGGAGGAUCUGAACGAGGAUCAACGGGUGACAGUACGAGCCUCAAGGGAACUGCAGAACACACCUGCACUCCCCUUAAGACGCCUCCACUCCUCUCUAUGACCCUCCAUGGGCCGGACAACCCAAACACCAUCAGCACAGGUACAUGUACAGAGACUCCGGUUUCAAAGUCUGGUCAGGGCUACUCGGGGGCUCCUCGCAUCCAGAGGCAGGAGCAAGUCAUCCACCUGUCUCCAAAGAAGGGAAGCCAGUCAGACGGCCCGUACUCUGGCCACUCCAGCAGCAACACUCUGUCCAGCACGGCGUCCAGCGGGGGCCACAGCGACAGCGACAAAUGGUACGACAUGGGCACAGGCGGAGGCUCCAGUGGGGACCAGGGCGAGCCAGAACCCAACGGCCUGGGAGGCGGAGGCUACCUGCAGGGGGCCUCGGCCGACAGCGGCAUCGACACCGGCUCUUACGGCGCCUCGCACCCCUCCCACUCCCACUCCCACCACGGCAGCACCACCUCGCUCCUGGCGCCCGGCACCAGCAGAGAAAGCAGGGAACGCUCGGCGUCCCCCUGGCAUAGCCCGACCGAGGGGAGCCGCAGGAUGCUGGAGAGGUCGCCCGCUGCCGCCGAGUCACCCGGCCCCCCAGCGGAGAGGAGCAUGGAGGGGGCGGGACGAACCCCCCCAACCCACCUGCUGGUCAGGGACAGCAGUACUUACAGUCUGAGUGACACUGGAUCCCACUCCAGGCACUCUGGCCACAGUUCUCCCAGAGAGGAGUCAUCCUCCUCCUCCGCCACCUCCCCUUCCUCCCAGUCCUCGGUCUCCCCCGGACCCAAAAGCUUCUACCCUCGCCAGGGGGCUCAAUCCAAGUAUCUGAUUGGCUGGAGGAAGCCCGGGUCAACCAUCAAUUCUGUCGACUUUGGAGACACGCGAAAGAAAUCUCCAGGAGAAAGUGGAGGGGAGAUGGUUCCAACGCCAGCGGCUCGUCCGUCCCUCAGAGACAUGCAUUUGCCUCAGCCUCACGCCAAAUCCACCAUUGAGGAGGACGUGAAGAGGCACUCUGCUCCAGACAGCCCUCCUCCUCCACGGAAGCAUAAGGAAAAGCACGGGCAGAAGUCUCCCCAAACCCAGCCCCCCAGCCGCCGCCGCUCCCUUCAUCGCACUCUUUCAGACGAGAGCAUCUACCGCGGCCAGCGCCUGCCCUCCCUGUCCGACUCCAUAGCCGAAGCGACUCACGGCGCCGACGUUCUCUUUAGCUGCUCCACCCUUCCACGCUCCCCCACCACCCGAGGCGUCCCUCUGAGACGACCUUCCUACAAACUGGGAGUCAAGCUCCAUGAAUUAACAGGCGACCUUUCGGCAUCUGACACGUCACUGGUGGAUUUGGUGGAGCGUCACCGGGGACCCCUCCCACAGGAGCUGAUGCCCCUCCCCUCCUCCGACCGAGAAAGCCCUCUAGAGUGGACUCACCUGGUGGACGUGGCCAACACCUUUGAAAAUGAGCGAAACACACACUACAUCCAGAGAAGUUAUGUGUUCGGGGACUCGAACCACCGAAGCAGUGGAGCGUCCAGCCCGCUCCAGCCCCACAUCGAGCUGCAGGCCGUUCCUCUGUCACGACCCGCAUCGAGCGAGGGUCAUAUUGGGCUGGAGAGAAAGGUGACCAAACUAGAAGCCAUGGUCAAGAUGCUCCAGGAGGACCUGAAGAAGGAGCGAGAGGAGAAGCUCCGGCUGCAGUCGCAGAUCAAGCGGCUCUGGGAGGACAACCAGAGGCUGCAGGAGGAGUCCCAAACGUCUGCAGCCAAGCUCAAGAAGUUCACCGAGUGGGUCUUCAACACCAUCGACAUGAACUGACCCCAGCAUUUGCACAAAGUCAGAAAGAGGCGGCCAGGAAUCGAACCUUCACCUACAACGCUCUGCCAUCUUCCACUGGUUCUGCAGCAGAAGGCUGUCUGGGUGACACGAGAGAUUGCUUCUGCUUCCCUUCCUUUUGUUUUUUUAAUCUUUAGCUUUCCUUUGCUGAGUUGCCAGUAAGUGGACCCGCUUGCCGCCUCCUCAUCUUUCAGCUGUUCUCCUCAACAAUCUGCCCCUCUCUCCUGCAGCCUUUGCUUUCUGGAUGUGCUUUUUUCCCUUUUUCUUUUUUGCAUUUUGAGUUCUCCGUUUAUAUUUCAAAGGCUGCCCAUCUCCUCUGAAAUCAGAGGCGGGCGACAGAUCCAGCCAAACACUUUUGGUUUCCUCUGUUUGUAAAGGGAACAAUCCCAUUUCGCACUUUUUUUGCAUCACUGGAAGGACGGCGUUCCUGAGACUUGAAGGGAGAAAACCACUUUCUCGCUCCUUUUCUUUUUCAUUCAGGAGAUGCAUCAAACUCUUCAGUGUGUCUACAGCACAGCACCUUCAAAAGGGGUUUGUUUAAAAGCCAUCAGUGCGCAGUGCCAAAAAAAAAAACAACAACACACACAUAUCUGUUCUGGAGUGCUGUGGUCCACCGCAGUUUUGUGUUUCUCAAAAAAAUGGGAGAAUUUUCUCUGGGAAAAAACGAGAGAAGAAUCAGCUGGAAGUGGGAAUCCAUGAAGUUUCCUUUGGGAGAUGAACGCCAGUAUCUGCUGCUCAAUAACCUUCAUCCUUUUCCACUCAGGAGAUCUGGAAAAGCAAGGACUCCUCGCCAUCCCACAGCCUGGGUUCCACAGAGCCCGUUAAUACAAACAGACAAUUUCAGGAUAAAAACUUGUUUUCUUUCUCGCCGCCAGGUUUAUUUAUUUCCUUGUAUUAUAAUUCCAAAUAAUAAGUUCUUCUAUUCGUACAGUACAACCCACAUUAGUGUUUAGUUCUUUAAGACUUCAUACCUUAUUUAACUGGCUUUCUCAGCUCUACAUGAAGCCUGACUGUAAGCUUUUUAUUCUGUAUUUUGUUGUAUUUUGUGGUGAGCAAGCCUGCUGUUGUGUUGCUUACAGUGCCCUCUAGUGGUGACUCGUGGAAAUUUCAUGACUUGUAAAAGUGCUGCCUGUCCCUCUGUACUUUUUUUUCCAUAUAAUCUUAAGCAAUCAGUCCGACAUCAAGCGCCAAACGGAAACAGGAAACCAGCUUUUGAAGACAAUCACUGGUGGCGUUUUCGCUCUUUUCUAGAGAAAUGAGGAGCAGACUUGUUGUGAGGACACGACGCAAAGGCCAUACAGUAGGAGAGAGCGCCUGCAGGUGGCGCCCCGGUGGAGGUGUGCACGUCGUUAUCGGGUAAAUACCCAGGUGUGCCUCCAGUCACUCCUUCUGGUCAUUGACGCGCCGGCGGAGCCGGGACGUGCCUCUGAGAAGCACCUGGGGGAACGGAUGAAAGGCUCCUCCCUCUGAAAGAGAAGCACACCUGGUACAGGUACAGGCUGGCUUUAACUCAACCGGUAGUCGGCCCAUCGCCGCGUAGGGGCAGCGAGAAAAUGGAUCCGUGUGCCUUUAGACUGACGCUUGAGAAGUGAACACGCCCCCUCCUGUAAAGUUUAUCAUUCUGAAGCUAAAGCCAUUCAAACGUCACUUUAGAAGCGCUGGAGGCUGAUUCGACCCGCAUCAGCACCAAGGAAAGGUGAAUGUAAACUAAAGAAAUGCUUUCUUGUUCAGCUCUGCACGUUUGCAGAGACUGAGGCUUGGUUCUGUUUUAAGAAUCUCAGGUGGCUUUAGAAGGUCAACAGGUCAUUUUUAACCUAAGAUAUCACUAAGAAGACAGCCUGCUUGCCGUUAUGAAACCCCGUUUCCUCCAUUAAAACAGAACUGGCUGCAUCGUUUCUGUUUGUACAGACGCCGCGGCCGAAGGGUUUUAGGGAGUCGAUGCUGGAACCGCCAUUUCCUCGCCUCUGCUUGAGGAAAGUGCUGGAAAAUAUUCACUCUCCUAAAAAACAAAACAAAAAAGUGAACCUCUUCUGCUUUCUGUUGUCACUGAUCAGAAAGCAGGGGGUACAGCACAUAAGGGGCGGGGCUUCAAACUGUCAGAAGGACAAACUGGAGAUAUUUUUCUGAAGACCAAUACUUUUACAAGAUAAAAACCCUGUUUACAUCCCCGAUGCCAUUGUCUUUGUAAAGUGUAAAAGUAUGGAAAAACAUUUGCAGUGAUUGCAGUAUUAAAGUUUCUGAAAUAAAUAAACGCUGGAUGAGUUUGUUGUGA